CACGCGCGCUUACCAAAAUGAGCACGUUCUUCCAAGAUCCCUCUCCCUUCUACACACCCCACGGACCGGGGUCAGAUACUCUCCCACUAAAAACUGUCUGAAUCACAUGAGAACUCCGUUAAACGCUGGCCUUGGAAAAGUGGUCUACCAAUCUGACUUGCCCUCGGGAAUCCAACAAUUUUUGUUGGCAAGGGGGGCAAUUAGUGGACCCCAUGUUAAAACAUUUUUUACCAUGUAAUGAGUUCCCCGCCCACGGUACUCAUCACCGACAGCGCUCACUGGUCUCACCGCCCUAGGCGCUCAUCGCCGACAGCUCUCACCGGUCUCGCCUCCCAAGGAGAUCACCGCUCUCGCCGCCCCACAGCUUUCACCACCCAUGACGCUCAUCGCCGAUGACUCUCACCGGUCUCGUCACCCAUUGCGCUCACCGGAAUCACCAACUCGGCGCUCAUCGUCGACGAUACUCACUAGUUUCACCGCCCUCGGCGUUCAUCGCCGAUGGCACUCACCGGUCUCAUUGCCUACGACGCUUACCACCCUCGGCGCUCAUGAUGCAUGUGCGUUCAUUCAUUCUAGUCUACUCUCUUACAUGGCGCCCUUAUUGGGCCAUGACCUGCCACAUGGCGUGAGCGCCUUGAUGUGGCACGAGAACACGUGACACGUGACGAGCGAACGCUUGAGGUGAUGACACCUCCGACGAUGACAUGUCGACCCUACCCCCUAGCGCCACUGCAUGUCACUCGCUGUCCCCUGACGUCCACUAUUAAAGGUGCCUCUCGUCUUCGCCAAUGGUACGCGAAAAAUGUCUCGGCGAGCUCCCUUAAAGAGUCUGCAACUAUUAGCGACCGGAGUUAUCGCUCGCCCAGGCCCUCCUCUCCUACUCUAAGUUUUUAACUUCAUUCUUCCCGUCAACUUACCACUCGAUACUGACUUGAGCGUCGAAGGGUGUCCCCGCCGAGAUCGGCCGACGAACCUUUUACAGGAGGUGGUGGGAGUCGGCGUCACGAACAAGGAUUGCGGUGUAAGGUGAUUUGAAGGCUCUAUCGAUGCCUUUAGCAAGGAAUAUGACAUCAGCGACAACCCCGUCAUCAACAGUUUUCUUUCGCUCAAAUUACAUGGAAACUCACUACUGAUUCUCCGAUGGAUCUUGGCAGGAGAUUUCCAUCAUGCGAUGGGAGGUGCGAUACUGGAAGAUAUUUUUUGUUUGGCAAGUUCCCUUGAGUUUUGUUCUUGCUCGCAUGUUACUCGCUGAGUUAAUAGAGUAGGCCACCUUAUGGCAAAAAAAUUCUUUGGACCUAAGUUGUCCACAUCAGCCAUGAGUAACUAAAUCUGGACUUUUGGA